AUGGCAUUUAGUGAUUUUGCUGCCAUAUGCUCCAAGACUCCUCUACCGUUAUGUUCUGUGAUAAAAUCGAAAACGCAUUUGAUACUAUCGAACUUGACUACCAUACACGAUUUUAAUCCAUCCAAUUUAAAUGUUGGUGUACUGCCACGUUGUUAUGCCAGAUCAAUUGAUCUUGCCAAUACGGUCAUCUUUGAUGUCGGGAACGCAUUUAUCAAUAUUGGUGCCUUAGGUGUCAUCCUAAUCAUACUUUAUAAUAUAAGACAAAAAUACACUGCUAUUGGCAGGUCUGAAUAUAUGUACUUCUUCCAACUGACUUUAUUAUUGAUCAUAUUUACUCUGGUAGUGGAUUGUGGAGUGUCGCCUCCAGGUUCUGCGUCAUAUCCUUACUUCGUGGCCAUACAAAUAGGAUUUGCUGGCGCAUGUUGCUGGGCUUUAUUAAUAAAUGGGUUUUUAGGCUUCAACAUCUGGGAAGAUGGGACUACAAAGUCUAUGCUAUUGGUUCGAGGAGCCUCCUUAUUGGGAUUUGUAGCUAACUUCCUAGCUUCUAUUUUAACUUUCAAAGCAUGGAUAACUGAUCACAAAGUAGCGUCGAUGGAUGCUUCCGGGAUGAUUGUCGUCGUCUAUAUAAUCAAUGCCAUUUUCUUGGCGGUUUUCGUCAUCUGUCAACUACUGGUUUCAUUAAUAGUGGUCCAAAACCUAUGGGCUACAGGAGCAAUUGUAUUGGGGCUUUUCUUCUUUGUAGCAGGACAAGUUUUAGUUUACGCAUUCUCUUCACAGAUAUGUGAAGGGUUCAAGCACUACUUGGAUGGCUUAUUCUUUGGAAGCAUCUGCAAUGUUUUUACAUUUAUGAUGGUGUAUAAGACUUGGGAUAUGACUACCGAUGAUGACCUGGAAUUCGGUGUAAGCGUAAGCAAGGAUGGCAACGUUGUGUAUGAUAAUGGGUUCAUGUAG